AUGGAGAAACAAAAUCACUCCAUGGUGUCUGAGUUUAUUUUGUUGGGCCUCGUAGAGUUUCGUGAGUUACAGAUUUGCUUUUUCUUGUUUUUUUCCAUUAUCUACAUAGCCAUUGUAUUAGGCAACCUCAUCAUUAUCUUUGUGGUAAAACUGGAUCCUCACUUACACUCUCCCAUGUACUUCUUACUGGCCAACCUCUCCUUCAUUGAUAUGUCCCUGGCCUCCUUUGCUACUCCUAAAAUGAUCUGUGACCUAAUUAGUGAAUAUAAGGCUAUCUCCUAUGAAGGCUGCAUGGCUCAGAUGUUCUUCCUUCACCUUUUAGGUGGAAGUGAGAUGAUGUUGCUUGUAGCCAUGGCAAUUGAUAGAUUCAUUGCCAUUUGCAAACCCCUCCAUUACAAAACGAUCAUGAGCCACCGUGUUUGCAUAGGACUUGCACUUCUGUCCUGGACCACUGGUUUUGUGCACACUAUGAGCCAAAUGGUGUUCACAGUGACUUUACCAUUCUGUGGCCCCAAUGUUGUGGAUAGUUUUUUUUGUGAUCUGCCUCAGGUCAUCAGACUUGCUUGUACUGACACUUAUAUCUUGGAAUUAUUAGUCAUUGCAUUUAGUGGACUACUUUCUUUGUUCUGUUUCAUCUUUCUGUUCAUCUCCUAUAGCAUCAUUCUGAUUACUGUCCGGCAUCGCUCCUCCAACGGGUCUUCCAAGGCUUUAUCUACUCUUUCAGCCCACAUUACAGUGGUGGUACUGUUCUUUGGUCCUUGCAUCUUUAUCUAUAUAUGGCCAUUCAACAGGGUGUCCAUAGAUAAGAUCCUUUCUGUGUUUUACACAAUUUUCACUCCCCUUUUAAAUCCAAUCAUCUACACAUUCAGGAAUAAAGACAUGAGGAAAGCAAUAAGAAAAAUAAAGACCAAACAAGUGAGUUCCCGAUCAACAUUUUAA